UUUAAAUUCUACAUCUAGGGUCUAGAAAUCUAUUUCUUCUAGAUCUAUCUAUUGCAUAUCUAAGAUUGACUUGGUUCAACAUCCGUUCUCAACUUGAAGUAAAAUGGAAGAAAGACGUGCAUCAGUGACCGACCUUGGGUCAGCACGUUCCUCAGACUCCCAGGAUGAUGCCUCACGAGACAACGCUGACAACGCCUACACCACUCGUACAGUGUACUACAACACCGGGUCCGACUGGGGCGCCGGAGUCUUCAACACUGCUUUUCGAAACGGCGUGUAUGUCAGUGGCCAAACUGGAGGAGGAACCAGCUUUAUCAGCUAUGGGAAAAACGGCGUUAUUAUCAACAACUGUGGGGGCACGAUUAACUCAUUCGGAAAUAGCAACGUAGUUAUCAACGGCUGUGGGGGCACGAUUACCUCAUUUGGAAAUAUCAACUGCUUUGGAAACAGUACCGCCAUCAUUAACGGACCUGGAAACAGUAGUAUCAGCUGUGGUGGUAACAGCGUCAUUAUCAACGGAUCUCGAAACAGUAGCUUCAGUUGUGGUGGUAACAGCGUCAUUAUCAACGGCUCUGGAAACUAUGUCUGUAGCGGCAACAACAUCUGCAACAGCUUAAUCGUAUCUGGGAAUGGGAAUGCGAUAGUCGAUUACAGCUUUAACAAUACUGGAGGCUGCAGUACUAUUACAAGUGUUGCACGAGACUUUGAAGCAGCAGAACAGUCGAGGGCUGACGUUUUGGAAGCCGCACAAGAGGCAAGAUCACGUGCUUUGGAAGCCGCACAAGAGGCAAGAUCACGUGCUUUGGAAGCUGCAGAUCGGGCAAGGUCCCGGGCUUUGGAAGCUGCCCAGAGUUUACGAGAACGGGCAUUCGAAAGAGCACAGCGAGAGAGAUACCGGGUAUUGGAGAUAGCUCAUCGAGAAAGGUCACGAGCACUAGAAGCAGCUGAACGAGAAAGGUCAAGGGCAUUAGCUGAACGAGAAAGGUCACGGGCAGCAUUAGAAAGAGCUAGACAAGAAAGGGCCCGAGCAUUGGAAAGAGCUAAGCGAGCAAGGUCCUUGACAGUGGAGAGAGUUCGACAGUUGAGGCUUCGAGCGUUAGGGGUGGAAGAUGAUGAAGAAGAAGAUGAUGACGAAGAAGAAGAUGAUGACGAAGAAGAAGAAUAUUCUAGCACCAUAGUCAUCAACGGCGUGAACAUCACCAGUAGAUCUGUCAGAGGCCAGGGGAGUGUUGUGACCACGGUGAUUUCAGGAGACAAUGCUGCAGUUAUACGGAAUUAGAACAAGUCCACAGUUUGAACUAGGCAGAAGACACGGCAGGAGGGACGGUCUAACCUGGUGCUACACGAUUCUUUACAAGAGUGAGGGGAUACAGAUAUACAUUGCUUUUAUUUGGACUUUGAUAUUCACAUGUUGUAAACUUUUUAUUUAAAAAAUUGUGCUCGUAUAUAAUGCAUAAAUCUACGAGAUUUUCAAGAAGUGCGUUACUGAAUUCUUCGCGGAAAAUGUACAUCCACAUUCGAAUAAACCAACUCUAAUUCUAGCCUCAUCGUACACAAAGAUAAAUGUACACGUAGAUUAAAAUUUGCGUACCCAUUGUAUUUGUCACUCACACAUACAUGUAUGUUUCUAGUCAUUACCAAAUCAAAAUAAAUGUUAUUUUAAUGGCCGGUAUGUACAAAAAAAAAGAGCAAUAAAUCUCAUAAAAUGUUGAAACAUAUAACGUUAACGAACCUUAUGUUAUUUCAACGAAAAAAAUAUUCUUUUUAUAGGAUAUAUAAUUUAUACUCACAAAUAUUUUAUGCAUUUAUUCAGUAAUUUAUCCUUACGUAUACGAACAAUUUGGUAAUAAAAUAAUUUAU